UACAUAUAUAUAUAUAUAUAAAUGCUGCAUAGAACAUUCAUUUAUUUCAUAGUACGCGCGCAAAGCAUGUAUUAUUAAUAUAAACAAUUGUCAAGUAAUCAAUGAAAACUAAUUGAACCUUGUUUAAAAUAUCGAAAUUAUUGACUUUCAAAACAGCAAACAUUACAAUCAUCCAUUGUGAAAGAUUGCUGCCUAGUAUUUGAUAAUUGAAUGGGAAAAAGGAUUUGUGUUUUAAGAGGACAUUCACUAUGAUGGCUUACUUAUAGAUCUCUUUAAAAAAAAUAAAAAAGGUUACUUUUGAAAAAAACCCGAAAAAAUUCAUUGAAUACUACGCUAUUACAACUGUGAACAUUGAUUUUUAUUCUGUUUUGAAACGUUGGAAUUUUAAGGAUAUGAUUGAAAAGUGUGCUGUACUCGAAAUAUUCAGAGUUUUCAGCACUUACAAAUGCACCGGAACCAGGUUGGUAUGAUAACAUUAAAAUAUAUCAUACUAACAAGACUGAACAAAAUUUCCAAUUAAUGUGUAUGGAAUUAUACAGAAUGGUGACUAAUUCAAAAAACAAUUCACAAGUUGGAAAUGCGAUAUUAAACGCUUACAAUUUCUGGAAUAUUCGACCGAAAGUUUGGAUUGCUUCAUUGAUUUCAAUAUUUGUCAUAAGUGCUGUUGGACUAUUAGGAGUUGGUGUAGUACCAUUAGUUCAAAAAGUAUUUUUCAAUCAAGUGAUACAAUAUUUAGUUGCAUUAGCUGUUGGAACUUUAACCGGCGAUGCAAUGCUACAUUUACUUCCACAUGCUGUUAGCGGUGGUGAGGGUCAUGGUCAUGGGAAUGAAGGCGCAUCAUCUGACGAAGGAGAUGGUGAACGUACAGCAAUUAUGAAAGGUUUAGUGGCUUUGGGCGGUGUAUAUUUCUUUUUCAUGGCAGAGAAAAUAUUAAGCUUAACAUCUGAAUAUCGGGCUGAAAAGAAACUUGAAAAAGAAGAUCGUGAAAGAGCACUACUCAAUUUACCUGUAGCGCCAGGAACUCGUCGUCUAAGUUCAGUAAGACCAUCUCUGGUACCAGGUGGACUUUUAACAGUACCUGGACAACCUAGAAGAUUAUCACAGUUUGAUCCUACUGUAUGUAGAAGAGCAUCACGUGCUAUGUCCAUCGCUAAUGAAGAUGUAGUUCUCACGGGAUUAAGUAGUAAAGCAAUGAAAUCCAUUGACAUUCUGUAUAGUUAUGCAGAAGAAUACGAUGAAUUGACAAAAUCUUCUCAAGAUAAUGAUGUCAAUCAACCAUUAUUAAAACAUGAAUUACAAUUAAGUGUACCUGAUGGAAAAUCAAAACCAACUGAUGAAAUGGACCCUUCAAAACAACGUGACGUACACCACCAACAACAACAACAACAACCAGAGAAUCUCACAAUUAAUGUGCCAAAAAUCAAAAUAGCCGAUGAAGCCAACGAAAUGAAAGAGACAGACAAUAAAACUGAAGAAAAACCAACAGAAACAGAUAAACAAGUGAGGUCGAUUGAUUUAAUUUUAUUCAAACUAUUCGGCAUUUUUUAUUUGGAAAACAGUUUAACCAAUCAAGUGUUAUCGAAAAUUUUUGAAUGUAUUAUUCCGAAUGUUCAAUACAAUCAUAAAGAUGGAACAGUGGUUACAAAAAGAUUAUCAUCAAAUAUUUUAUCAUCUCAACCAGUAACUUGGAGUGUUUCCGAGAAUGGUAGAUAUUUGAUUGGUCAUAUGAUUUUACAAAAGAAAACUGAUCCACAUUUUGGAGAGCCUGGAUUAGGUCUUAAAUUAGCUGGUGGUCGACUUAAUAAAUCUGGACGUUUAUCAGCAUUCAUUACACAAAUUAAACCUGGCAGUCCAGCUGAUAUAAUUGGUCAUUUAAAGUCAGGUGAUGAAAUUUUAGAAUGGAAUGGACAAUCAUUACGUGGUUUAAAUGCUGAUGAUGUUUCACAAAUUAUCUAUCAGUCGAAAGAUAAAUUACAAGUGGAAUUAUUAGCUCAAAGGGAAUUAAAUGAAUCUGAUAACACACCAACUGAUAAUGUUGUAUUAAUGGUUCCAAAUCGUUCUGAUUGUUUGAAUUCAAAUGAAAUUGAUUCGGUUGAGUGUAAUGUUAAAUCGAGUUUACAUUUGAAAUUAUUUUACGAUGAAAUUAAACAUCAGCUGAUUGUCAAUAUUUUAGAAGCUCGAAAUCUACCUAAUAUAAAUAAACUUUCUAGAGUACCAUGUAAUUUUUAUUGUCGUUUGUGCCUUCUUCCAGAACAAGUACAAUACAAUUCACGAUGUACAAAAUUAGUUAGUUGUCAUGGUAUCAAUACAAAUCCUGUAUGGAAUCAAAUUUUUCGUUUUACCAAUUUCACUGAUAAUGAUUUAAACAAAUUAAAUUUAGAAAUAACCAUAUGGAAUUGUAAUGAAUAUUUAGAUGAACAAUAUAAAAUUGGUGAAGUUGUAAUUGAUCUCAGUGUAGCUGACUUAUUAGAUGUUGGAUAUUGGUAUCCAAUACGAUCAUUUCAUCGUUUCUUUUCUACAUCAGAAUUAUCAAAUAUGAAUCCUGAUGUCAAUACUACUCCAUACGAUGUACAAUCAUAUACUUCUCAAGUUCCAAAAAAAUCAAUCAAAUCAAGAUAUCAGGAAUUGGAACAACAGCCACAACAACAACCACAACAAUGGUCACCGAAAUCUAUGUAUCGUAAUCCAGAUAUGUCAGAUGAUAAUGCGAAAAAAUUAAAAUCAAUUCGAGAUGAUUAUUGUGAUAUUGAUGAACAGAAAAUUGCAACAUCUAUUAGACAGAAUAGGAAAUUUACUAGUCAUGAAUAUCAACGUGAAGGAGAUGAAACACAUCAUCCGCAUCGUCAUUGUGGUUCAAGGUUACAUCCUAGUGCUCAAAAUUUUGAAUACGGUGGUCAAGAAGAGAAUGCGAUUCAAUCAGAUGCGUCAGAAUUUUCCGAUCUUUCAGAAUUAUCUAGAAUGAGUUUGCAUACAAGUCAAUCAGAUCGUCAACGUAUGGAAUCCAUGCAAACAUCACGUAAAGGAAGUCAACAAUUUGACGUUCUUGCAACACAAUCCUCACAUGAAAGACAUGCUAGAAAUUUGCAAAAACCCGAUAGAUUAGAACAAACUUUUCUACCAUCUGUUGAACAAUCAACAAGAGCUAGACGAGAUUCAAGUAGAAUUGAUAAAGAUAUCAGUGUUCCUAUUGAAGAUGAAGAACGACAUGAAAUCAUUUCAAAAGAUAAUAGAAAUUUUGAAAGUGAUUCAGGUCAAAGAAUUUCAUCAGCUGAUAGUGAUGCAGAAAGUAGAGCUUCACGAUCUUUAAUUGAAAAUAAAGUAUCGAAUUUUGAAAUCGCUCAAAAUGUUCAAAGAGAUCCAACAGAUGGUAGGAAAAGACGACCAAAUAUAGGUCAAAAGUUUUCUAACGUUCUUGGUCGAUCCAAUAAGAGUAGCAGUACUUCAACUUUAGACAAAAAAUCAAGAACAAGUUUUCAACGUAGUGAAGAAGUAUUACCAUUUGGUGGUGGAUAUGGUGCUGUCAUAUUUGAAGGUCAAGAACAAGAUGGAUCAUACAAUUAUGGAAGAUUAUCAAUGAUGCAUUGUCAAUCAAGUAUAGGCAGUGGAAAAAGUGACAGUCGUAAUUCUAAAUAUGGUACCAAUUCAGAUAAUACGGAUCAAGAAAGUAUUUAUUUAGGUCGAAAUGAAUCACAUGUAGGUGAAUUUGUUGAAGGUCUUGGUCCAGGACAAUUAGUUGGACGACAAGUACUUGGUAUGCCUUGUCUUGGUGAAAUCCAGUUAAGUUUUUAUGAUCGUAAAGGACAUUUAGAAGUGGAAGUAAUACGUGCAAGAGGUUUACAACAAAAAAAUACAUCAAAACCAUUACCAGCACCAUAUGUUAAAUUACAUUUAUUAGAAGGUAAACAAUCUGUUGAAAAAUUACGUACAAUGUAUCCUCCAAGACGUACAUUAGAUCCACUUUAUCAACAACAGCUAAGUUUUUCAAUGCCAUAUCAUGGAAAAAUUCUUCAAAUCAGUGUAUGGGGUGAAUAUGGACGUAUGGAUAAGAAAGUAUUCUUAGGAAUGUGUGAAAUUGUUUUGGAUGAUUUAGACUUAAAAACAGUUGUUUUCGGUUGGUACAAAUUAUUUGGAAUGAUUGCAUCCAAUGCACAACAUCAUCACCAUCAUCAUCAACAUCAACAUCAAAAGCGACAACAACAACAACAGCGGAAGAGUUUCUCUUCGUCUUCCACCCUAUUGGAUGAUUCACAGAAUACAAAUACUACUACUACUACUACUACUCACAAAUCAAUCGGUUCAAAACUUGACAAAUUAACUAAUCGUUCUAGUGGUGGUGGUGGUGGUAAUAAUAACAAUGAUAACACUGAUAGAACUAAUCGUAAAAAAUCCAAAUCAUCACAAGAUAUCAAUAGAUCCGCUCAACAGUUACAUUCAAUCAAAUAAUAACAAACAAAUCAAGGACUUAGACAAAACAAAACAUGAAUUUCCAAUGAAAAUCAAUAGUGUUUUAUUUUUUCUGGAGGAGGAGACUAAGAAGAACAGAAUAGUAUAGUAUAGUUCAUAAAUGCACAUACAUUGAACAAUGUCUUUUUUUCUUAAAGAACACUACAUAUACAUAUAUACAUAUAUAU